AUGAGUGUUAAUGCUGAGGGGUACCCUGGAGACUAUAUCGAUCUAGCAACACUGCAAGGUGUGGACCCGUACAUGGUCAUCAGAGGUUCGGUGCUCUGUGCUGCUGCUGCCAAUAGCACAGCCUGCCAAGUCUCCACUGUCAUACGAGCUAAGAUUGUUGUUUUCGAUACCUCGGUACCGAUCGUGAAGGGUCAGCAGGUCAUGUUGUAUGCUCAUGCGUGUGUGGAAUCUGCAACGGUAACUAGAUUCGUUAGGCUCGAAGGGAAGAAAGCUCCACCCCCAGGAGUUCGUGCUAAACCCAUCAAGUAA